UAUAAAGAGAACUCAUGGUGAAACCCCCGGACAGGUCACCAUUCUAUCUCAAGGACCGUUACACCUCAGUCUUCUCAGUAGGGAUUGCAAAGACAAGGUGAAAAAUGGGUGACGCUGCCAUGAAAGAGUUUGGGGCAGCAGCUCCGUACCUGAGGAAGUCAGAUAAGGAGCGUCUGGAGGCCCAGACUCGUCCAUUUGACAUGAAGAAGGAGUGUUUUGUUCCUGAUGCUGACGAGGAAUAUGUGAAGGCUUCUAUCACCAGCCGUGAGGGGGACAAAGUCACCGCUCAGACUGAGAGAGGGAAGACUGUCACAGUGAAGGAGUGUGAUGUGCACCCUCAGAACCCGCCAAAGUUUGAUAAAAUUGAAGACAUGGCGAUGUUCACCUUCCUCCAUGAGCCCGCUGUGCUGUUUAACCUCAAAGAGCGUUACGCAGCAUGGAUGAUCUAUACCUACUCGGGGCUGUUCUGUGUGACUGUCAACCCCUACAAGUGGCUGCCAGUCUACAAUCAAGAGGUGGUUGUUGCCUAUAGAGGAAAGAAAAGGACUGAAGCUCCUCCUCACAUCUUCUCCAUCUCUGACAAUGCCUACCAGUACAUGCUAACUGACAGAGAAAAUCAGUCAAUUCUCAUCACUGGAGAAUCUGGUGCCGGGAAAACUGUCAACACCAAGAGAGUCAUCCAGUACUUUGCCAGCAUUGCAGCUGGAGGAGGAGGGAAAAAGGAAGCAGGCUCUGAGAAAAAGGGUACUCUGGAAGAUCAAAUCAUCCAGGCUAACCCUGCUCUGGAGGCCUUUGGGAAUGCCAAAACCAUCAGGAAUGACAACUCUUCCAGAUUUGGCAAAUUCAUCAGAAUUCACUUUGCAGCCAGUGGAAAGCUGGCCUCAGCUGAUAUUGAAACAUAUCUGCUGGAAAAGUCCCGUGUCACCUUUCAGCUUAAGGCCGAGAGAGAUUAUCACAUCUUCUAUCAGAUCCUGUCUCAGAAGAAACCUGAGCUGCUUGAGAUGCUGCUCAUCACCAACAACCCCUAUGACUAUGCGUUCAUCUCCCAAGGAGAGACAACUGUAGCCUCAAUUAAUGAUGCUGAAGAGCUGAUGGCCACUGAUGACGCCUUUGAUGUGUUGGGCUUCACUCAAGAAGAGAAGAACGGCAUUUACAAGCUGACUGGUGCCAUCAUGCACUACGGUAACAUGAAGUUUAAGCAAAAGCAGCGUGAAGAGCAAGCUGAGGCUGAUGGCACUGAAGAUGCUGACAAAGUAGCCUACCUGAUGGGCCUGAACUCUGCUGACCUCAUCAAAGGUCUCUGUCACCCAAGAGUCAAAGUAGGAAAUGAGUGGGUCACCAAGGGACAAAAUGUUCAGCAGGUGUACUAUGCUAUCGGUGCACUGUCGAAGGCAGUGUAUGAGAAGAUGUUCCUGUGGAUGGUGGUGAGAAUUAACCAUUCUCUAGACACCAAACAGCCCCGCCAGUACUUCAUUGGUGUGUUGGACAUCGCAGGAUUUGAGAUCUUUGAUUUCAACACCUUUGAGCAGCUGUGCAUCAACUUCACCAAUGAGAAACUGCAACAGUUUUUCAACCAUCACAUGUUCGUGCUGGAGCAGGAAGAGUACAAGAAAGAGGGCAUUGAAUGGACUUUCAUAGACUUUGGUAUGGAUCUGCAGGCCUGUAUUGACCUGAUUGAAAAGCCCAUGGGUAUCAUGUCCAUCCUUGAAGAGGAAUGCAUGUUCCCCAAAGCCAGUGACUCCACCUUCAAAGCCAAGCUCUAUGACAACCACCUGGGGAAAUCCAACAACUUCCAGAAGCCCAGAGUUGUCAAAGGCAAACCAGAGGCCCAUUUUGCCCUGGUUCACUACGCUGGAACUGUUGAUUAUAAUAUCAACAACUGGCUGGUGAAAAACAAGGAUCCUCUGAAUGAGACUGUUGUUGGUCUCUUCCAGAAGUCUAACCUCAAGAUUUUGUCUUUCCUCUUCGCAAAUUAUGCUGGAGCUGAGUCAGCUCAGGAUUCUGGUGGAAAGGCAAAAGGUGGUACCAAGAAGAAAGGUUCAUCCUUCCAAACUGUAUCAGCUCUGCACAGGGAGAACCUGAACAAGCUGAUGACCAACUUGAGGUCUACUCACCCUCACUUUGUGCGCUGCCUCAUCCCCAACGAGACCAAGACUCCUGGGGCCAUGGAGAACCCUCUGGUGAUGCACCAACUGCGCUGUAACGGUGUGCUGGAAGGCAUCAGGAUCUGUAGAAAGGGCUUCCCCAACAGGAUCCUGUACGGAGAUUUCAAACAGAGAUAUCGCAUCCUGAAUCCUGCUGCCAUCCCUGAUGGCCAGUUCAUUGACAGCAGGAAGGGAGCUGAAAAACUUCUCGGGUCUCUGGAUAUUGAUCACAGCCAAUACAAGUUUGGACACACUAAGGUGUUCUUUAAGGCUGGUCUUCUUGGCCAACUGGAAGAGAUGAGGGAUGAUCGUUUGUCACUCAUCAUCACUGGAAUUCAGGCCAGAUCCAGAGGUCUGCUGGCACGAGUGGAGUUCCAGAAGAUUGUUGAGAGGAGGGAUGCUCUUCUUGUGAUCCAGUGGAACAUCCGUGCAUUC